AUGAAGUGUGACAGUGAAGACAGUCAAGACAAGAGCUUUUCCCGGGUUCAGAUCGACGGCGGCAACGGCGGGGGGCGCUGUCACAUCAAACUUGGGUCUUCAGGGGGGUGUAAGGGCAGUAUUCUACAGCUGGGGUCUUCAGGGGGGUGUAAGGGCAGUAUUCUACAGCUGGGCUCUUCAUGGGGGUGUAAGGGCAGUAUUCUACAGCUGGGGUCUUCAGGAGGUAUAAAGGGAAGUAUUCUACAGCUGGGGUCUUCAGGGGGGUGUAAGGGCAGUAUUCUACAGCUGGGGUCUUCAGGGGGGUGUAAGGGCAGUAUUCUACAGCUAGGCUCUUCAUGGGGGUGUAAGGGCAGUAUUCUACAGCUGGGGUCUUCAGGAGGUAUAAAGGGCACUAUUCUACAGCUGGGGUCUUCAGGGGGGUGUAAGGGCAGUAUUCUACAGCUGGGGUCUUCAGGAGGUAUAAAGGGCAGUAUUCUACAGCUGGGGUCUUCAUGGGGGUGUAAGGGCAGUAUUCUACAGCUGGGGUCUUCAGGAGGUAUAAAGGGCAGUAUUCUACAGCUGGGGUCUUCAGGGGGAUGUAAGGGCAGUAUUCUACAGCUGAGGUCUUCAGGGGGUAUAAAGGGCAGUAUUCUACAGCUGAGGUCUUCGGGAGGUAUAAAGGGCAGUAUUCUACAGCUGGGGUCUUCAGGGGGGUGUAAGGGCAGUAUUCUACAGCUGGGAUCUUCAGGGGGGUGUAAAGGGCAGUAUUCUACAGCUGAGGUCUUCAGGAGGUAUAAAGGGCAGUAUUCUACAGCUGGGGUCUUCAGGAGGUAUAAAGGGCACUAUUCUACAGCUGGGGUCUUCAGGAGGUAUAAAGGGCAGUAUUCUACAGCUGGGGUCUUCAGGAGGUAUAAAGGGCAGUAUUCUACAGCUGGGGUCUUCAGGAGGUAUAAAGGGCAGUAUUCUACAGCUGGGGUCUUCAGGAGGUAUAAAGGGCAGUAUUCUACAGCUGGGGUCUUCAGGAGCUGGGGUCUUCAGGGGGUGUAUAUUCUACAGCUGAGGUCUUCAGGAGGUAUAAAGGGCAGUAUUCUACAGCUGGGGUCUUCAGGUGUAAAGGGCAGUAUUCUACAGCUGGGGUCUUCAGGGGGUGUAAAGGGCAGUAUUCUACAGCUGGGGUGUAAGGGCAGUCUUGGGGUCUUCAGGAGGAGGUAUAAAGGGCAGUAUUCUACAGCUGGGGUCUUCAGGAGGUAUAAAGGGCAGUAUUCUACAGCUGGGGUCUUCAGGAGGUCUGGGGGUCUUCAGGCUGGGGUCUUCAGGUAUAAAGGGCAGUAUUCUACAGCUGGGGUCUUCAGGAGGUAUAAGCUGGGCAGUAUAAAGGGCAGUAUUCUACAGCUGGGGUCUUCAGGAGGUAUAAAGGGCAGUAUUCUACAGCUGGGGUCUUCAGGAGGUGUAAAGGGCAGUAUUCUACAGCUGGGGUCUUCAGGGGGUGUAAAGGGCAGUAUUCUACAGCUGGGGUCUUCAGGAGGUAUAAAGGGCAGUAUUCUACAGCUGGGGUCUUCAGGAGGUAUAAAGGGCAGUAUACAGGGGUUCUACAGCUGGGGGUAUAAAGGGCAGUAUUCUACAGCUGGGGUCUUCAGGGGUAUAAAGGGCUACAGCUGGGGUCUUCAGGGGGGUGUAAGGGCAGUCUACAGCUGGGGUCUUCAGGGGGUAUAA